GCUGUCUGUUGCCCUCCGCCGAUAAGUCCCGCUAUGACGCUAUCAAGAAGGUGACGUGUUGCGGACACCAUCCAGUCCCAUCCCAGUGCAUCACAUCUAAGAAAUUAGCACCCAAUGCAAGACUUAUGUCGAUUGUCACCAAGAUAGCCAUGCAGAUCAAUGUCAAAAUGGGCGGAGAGCUCUGGUGCCACGCGGCGGCGCAAAGUGCAUUCGACAGUACCAUGACCAUCGGGCUCGACGUCUUCCACCAGAGGGGCCAGAGCUCCGUUGGUGCCUUCGUGGCGUCUCUCAACAAGACUAAUUCCAGGUACUUUUCGCGAGCUAUGAUCCAUGAACAGAGGCAAGAGAAUAUGGAUCAGCUGGAAAGUCCUACUGCAGAUGCUCUAGGUGCAUACUGGAACCAAACUCGAAGCUACCCAAAGAACAUAGUCGUCUUCCGCGAUGGUGUUGGAGAUGGACAGCUGGCUUAUGUCCGUGACAAUGAGUGCGACCAGAUCAUACGUGGCAUAGAACGUACUGUGCCUGAAGGACAGACGGUUGGCGUGUGCUUCGUUGUUGUUCAGAAGCGGAUCAACCACCGCUUCUAUAGGACGAUAGGUCUUUGGCCUUACAAGGAAAACCCAUUACCCGGAACAGUCAUUGACGAUGUCGUUACGCGCGAAAAAUGGUAUGACUUCUUUCUCUGUAGUCAGAGUGUCAACCAAGGCACCGUGACUCCGACCCAUUACAACAUUAUCUUUGAUACUUGGAAAGGAGCGAAUAAUACAGAAUUGACGCCGAACCAAAUCCAGUCGCACACCUACCUUCAAACACACAAUUACUACAAUUGGCCGGGUACGAUAAGAGUACCAGCACAAUGCCAGUAUGCUCACAAGCUAGCCUAUCUGGUGGGCGAACACACCAUCCAUUUGCCGAACCCACAACUCGAUAACCGUCUAUACUACCUCUAAUCGGCCUACUCCCACUGUAGCUGUGUCUCCACUGGACUAUGGAGAAACAGCCCUGCAUGGCAGCUAGCUUAUCUGGUAGGCGGAAAAUACCGUUGAAUUGCCUCUGAUCGGCCUGAUCACAGUGUGUCUCCACGGAACUAUGGAUGAACAGCCCUGCAUGGCAGUGCACUGCAUCAUGCGGCAGGUG